UAUUUUUAGCUACACGUUAAUUAUGUCUCUUUGCAGUGCUAGCAAACAUUGUUAAUAUUCUCUAGCUAGCUAGUUAGACUUCCUAUCAAGUUAAUUUCGCUCUGGCAAGCUUGCUACUAGCCUAUAGCUAGAAACACACACUGCCUUAGCUAUCAGCGAGCUAGCCUGUUCUUAACAAGCUAGCUAGUUACAUUAUAUAUCUGGUCCACGAUGAUAUGUUCGAUUUGAGUCUUUUUCAACGCCAUGCAGCCUUCCAUUAAUCGCUCCAAAAAUUAUAUUCCCACCGAUUUGAUCAAUAAACUCGGACAUUUCCAACUUGCUAAUUGGUUGUAUGUAAUCACGUGCUGCGUUCAACAAUUAGCAAAUUGGAAAUGUAUGAGUUUCCUAGUUCUAGCACAAGAACGUGGCAUUAUCUUGCCUGGCCUUGUUAGUGUCUGAAAGUUGAUUACAUUCGAUUUAGAACCAGACUGACUCCCGGGCAUGAGCCAUGUGACGUAAUUAAGCAUGAGCGGUAAUUAGUAGGAGUCUGUGUUUUCCCAUGCAAAAGUGAUUGCUUUUGAUAAAAACGCUUUAUCUAGUUAAAAAAUUCUAACAUGUAUGUAGGGAAAUAAGUGGAAUUAGAGUAUGGGCAUCCGUGACAGGGAGAAGCGUCCAUCCAUGAUUUAUACAGAGGGCCGUAUCAAAGAUGUUCAUGAACCUAGACCCAAACUGUCAACACUCAAUUCAGCCUCCUCCAUUAAAAAGUGGAUCCCAAGCAUCAAGAAUGAAAUCGAGUAUUAUCUGCAGCAGUCCCAGUUGUCUCACUACCCUGAGAGGAAGAUAGCAGAGUUCCAGCUGAGCAUCCAGGGGCUGGAGAAAGAGUAUAAACGCUUCAUCUGUAAACUGCAAGCCCUGGACCCGACCUGUAAACACCAGCCCUGGUCACCUAGAGCAUACACCAAGAGGAGUUCAGACACACGCAUCUCCCCCAACACCGGUAAUUCCUGGUUUCUCUCAUCUGUAGCCAAGAAACCACGCGGUCUCCAGUCAUGUGAUCUGAGCAGGCCGGUGGGUGGAGCACAGAGUAACUGGGUCGUUAAAAGAACAGGAAGUGAUGCAACGUCAGCCUCUGAGAACAAGGUACACUUCCACCAAUCAGGGACUUUCCUCAGCACAUUUCCAGUUGACCUGACUAAUCCCAGCCCAGAGUCCACCAAUCCAGAUCAGGACCAGCCCCUGAACUUUGAUCGCACCCGUCUUGCGGUGGUUCUAGCUGGGUCCAGAGGCCCAUUACAACCAGGGUCGUCUCACACUCAGAGCCUGGCCAGGGUGCUGCUCUCUGGGCUACCCAACCUCCACAGCUCCCCACUGGGAAGGGCCAUUGCUGCACAGGACAGAGACAAUACAGGGGCGGAGAGACGAGACAGCACAGGGGCAGGUGGAGCCCAUAGCACCGUUAAUGAUGAAAAGAGCACAGGGCAUGUACUGGGACUAGGCUGCUACUCCUCCUCAGACGAUGAAGCCGACACAUGACAUGGCUUUGUUAUUAACACUGGAUCCCUGAUCACUACUCAGAACUCAAUCUGCCAUUCAUGGACAUACCAUGCUUCAGUACUUGUCCAGUUUGCCCUGAACUCCAAUCAGCUGUUGUGAACCACAGGGUCUUUCUUUUCCUAUUGUACAUUAUGUAAAUACACAAUAAAAAGGGAAAUGAUACAAUAUA